AUGGAGUGGCUUCAACACAUUUACAUGUUUGCGCAGUUGCUGUAUAUGGGAUCUGCGGACUUGGGAGGAAUGCUAUGCCGACUCCCUAAAGACGUCGGCUACGCGUGUGGCCGCCUCUCCUCAUCUACCGCCUAUUAUUUUGACUCCACCGAAGGAAAAUGCUUAAGCUUUGUUUUCCAUGGAUGUGGCGGAAACCAAAACCGCUUCAUCAACAAGCAAGAAUGCGUAGACGGUUGUGCAGCAUUAACAAGGUGCGGAAAAGGGCUUCCAUUAAUGGACUUUGCCGGAAAUAUUAAGAGAUGUGAUGGGGAUAAAAUACCGUGUCCAGGCACUCACGAAUGCCAUGGUGCUGGUAUGAGUUCUGUAUGUUGCAUUAAACCAGAAAGAGUUUGCCACCUUCCGAUCGAUAAUGGCAAUCGCUGUGGGGUAGCUCCAGAUACAAGAUUCUAUUUUGAUUCCGAUUCAAAUACCUGCCGUUCAUUCUCCUAUGUUGGAUGUGGAGGGAAUGAUAAUAAUUUCAAGACAAAAGGAGAAUGCUUACAAUAUUGUUCUACAGAAGUCGUUUGUAAGCGUGGAGACCCUCUACCAGAUCGUUAUUCAAUAGCAAAGCAGAUGAGCUGCAGCCGGGGCUCCCCAUGCCCUUCAAAUUACACGUGUAUAAAGGCGACUUCCGGAAAUUCGGCUUGCUGUCCGAGCCAAGAAAUGGUUUGCGGCGCUACUUAUAAUCCACGUGAAGUCUGCCGAAAUCCAUUAGACAACGAAUUGUGGACGUUUGAACAUAAGAAAGGGCGUUGUGAGAAGAUUCCACAAAAACCGCACAUCAACCACCAUACCGCGCAGCCGCAACUUUGCGACAAAAGCAAGAGGAAUUCAUGUCCGGUUGGGUAUGAGUGCAUGAAAAGUUCUCCCUUUGCCGCCAUAUGCUGUAGAUCUCAACCAAUAUGUCCUGGAGCCGAAUCAAUAUUGCAGACAGGAGGAAAAUGCGAAGAGGGGCGGGCGGAGAGUUGUGCGUCCGGAUAUACUUGUCAGCAAGCUCCAAAUAGGGAAUUUGUAUGCUGUACGCCUACCUUACAAUGUCCAAGUGGUAUGGAAGCGCUUCGAGAUGGAGGACGAGCUAGAAUCUGCACCCCUCGAGUCGAAGGUUCUUGUCCGAGCUCCCAUGUCUGUGUCGUCGGAUCGAGUCCACCUUCCCCAGGUUUCCGCCCCAAAACACUCUGCUGUCGUCCCUUGCAGCGUUGCGUCGUCCCAUAUGUUGAGAGCCUGACGAAGAAGACGAAACGUUGCUUUCCAGGCGAAAAUAAGUGCCCAUCAGCCACUCAUUGCUUGCCUGUAGCGGAACCUACUGAAUCUUUGUUGAAUAUUAAAGAAUUGACGUUCUACUGCUGCCACACAGUUGAUGUGUUUUCCUGCUCGAGUGGGCUUCAACCUUUAGAAGAUCGAAGUACAAAACGACCAAUAAAGUGUGAAGUAGCGGAUCCUAAUUCCUGUCCAAAUGAGCAUUUCUGCGAUGUAUUAGCGGACGGGACAACAGCAUGCUGUCCGUUUGAGGCCACGCAGCAGACUUGCGUAGAAGCAUUAACAAAUUAUGGCGAUCCUAUCACGUGUAAAGGUUGGGACGACCCUUCCUGUGGCCACGAUUCAAAAUGUCGAAAAGCAACUGAUGGUCACUACGUGUGCUGUCGUGAAGUAUCUAGCAUCUUCAAGGAAUUGGCCCAAAACGCACCGUUCAUUCUGUUU